AGUAAGUGAGAGAGUGAGAGAGGGAGAGAGUGAGUGAGAGAGAUGGAAACACGCCCAGAAUGUGGAGAACGUCGCGCUCUACACUGAGCGAAAUUUGCAAAGCUUUAAAAUUGAUUUGAAUUGAUUUAAUGAAUUAUUGAUUUACUCAAAAAGUCGCGUUCUUUUCACUCUCGACAUUCUUUCAUCAAAUGAGCCGCAAUAAUUUGAUGUACAUUUUUUUUUGGAUCUGAGAUCUGAGAUUUGAGUGAUGCCAUCGACUGGCCUGGAUCUGUCACACACAAAAUAUUGGCUCUUUGUCUCCCAUUAUUGAUAUAUCCAUGUUUAGUUCCGUAUUUUAUUGAUAGUUUUGCUGGAUGGAGGCACAGCGGGCGGCACAAACGAGCAACUGAUAAGCGGAACUGCAAUUCUCUUGAGCGCAUCUGUUGCGAUUUAUGUGUGGCAUUAGUUCAGUACGACAAUGAGUGGCAAUCGAAGCACCAGCAGCAGCGGCAGCGGCAGCCGGAGCAGCGGUAACAACAGGGGUAGCCAUGUGAGCUGCCCGAUCUGCUCGGAGCGUUAUGGGGCGACGGAUAAGAUCUACGGCGGCAGCUGCGGUCAUGUGUUCCACUGGCAGUGCCUGCAGCGCUGGUGGGAGGAAUCAGACAGUUGUCCGAUUUGUCGCAGCAGCGGCGAAGAAUAUUUUCAACUUUAUUUAAACUUUGAGGAAUUGGAACUGGAGCAAAGUCUGGCACAGACGCAGUCGCAUUCACCUGGACAAAGCAGCAGUCCCAGCGACUUGACCAGCGAGUACCAAAAUCUUCUGUAUGAAUCGGAUCUUUAUCGCGACGAGAUUGAGUAUUUAAAUGCACGCAUCAGGAGUUUAACAAUCCGUCUUUGCGAUUAUACUGAUUCAGACUAAAGACUAUAUACACACACACACACAUAUAUAUAUAUAUAUAUAUAUAGAAUAAAAGAUAGGAUAAGAUAAACAAA